AUGGAAGCUCGUAAGGAUCCCAGGAGUCUGCCAGCUUUAGACGAAUUUAUGGGAUUCCUAGAGAGUAAAUUUACAGCUCUCGAACCCAUAAGUAGGAAGGAAAGGGUAGUGACAACUGAAAAGGUGUCACAGCACCAUAUAAGCAAACCAUCAUCAUCAAAUUCAUUUAGAUUUAUGAGCACUGGGAGACCUAGCAUAAAUAAUUAUUCUCAUAAUAAUACAGGCCGUAAUAAAAUAGAUAAACCAUAUCAAAAACCAUUCUUUCAAGCAGUAACUACGAAGACAUAUAAAUGUCCACAAUGCAAUCAAGACCAUGAUUUAUUUAAAUGUAAUCAGUUCAUUGACCUGUCACCAAAAUCAAAAUUGGCGACAGUGACUAAACUUAAUAUAUGUCCAAAUUGUCUAUACAAACAUGACACUAGUUGUUUUUCAACGAAGCGAUGUAAGGAAUGCAACGGCGAGCAUAAUACGAUGCUCCACGACGCGUUUCCAAUAAAGAGGUCACCACAAAUGAAUAAUAACAAUUUUGCAAAAUCAGCGGACAAACGAUAUAGCGCUAAUUAUGUAGCAAAUAAUGAUGAAAUGUUAUUAACAACUAUACAAAUGCAGGUAUUAUCAAGCGAUGGGUCGUAUGUAACUCUACGGGCCUUAUUAGACCAAGGUUCGCAGAUUACUAUGAUAACGGAAAGUGCCGUACAACUGUUAGGAUUGCCUCGUGAACAUUUGAACGCUUCCGUUGCUGGUAUAGGAGAAUCACCAAAUCAAAGCAGGGGAAAAGUUCUACUGGACUGCAAAUCGUUACGUAACGACUAUGAGUUUGUUGCCGAAGCACUAAUUAUGCCGAGAAAAAUAGUUCGCAAUCUGCCUACUACAUCAUUCGAUAUAAACGGUUUGAUAAAAGGACAUAGGGAUGAACCUAUAGCACAGCGAACAGAACUGGGCUGGAUAGUCUCAGGUCGCGUGGGAAUAAAAACAUUUAAUUGUCACGUUGUGAUCAACGACCUAAGUGAGAUAUCUCAGUACUGGGAAAUAGAAGAUAUCACAAGCAGUUUAUCACCACUAUCAGAGGGAGAGCAACGUUGUGAAAACAUCUACAUGGACACAACAAAACGUUUAGAAGAUGGGAAAUAUGAAGUUGCGCUACCAAUGAAACCAGGAUUUGAGCAACAUAUUGGUAAAUCAAAGGAACGAGCUAUAGCACAGUUUAAGCAAUUAGAGCAUAAAUUAACAAAGAAUACAUCAUUUUUCGUCGGAUAUAAAGGAUUCAUGGACGAGUAUAAAGAUCUAGGCCAUAUGCGUAAAACCAAUAGCACUGAACAACCCUUAUUCUACAUGCCGCAUCAUGGUGUAACUAAAUUAGAUUCCACUACCACAAAACUUCGAGUUGUGUUUAAUGCCUCUUCUAAAACAUCAUCUGGUUAUAGCUUAAACGACUUAAUGGAGUGUGGUCCUAAUUUACAACAUGACAUUCAAGGGCUGAUCAUAAAAUGGAGGCAAUAUAAAUAUGUUAUCACGGCUGACAUUGAGAAAAUGUUUCGCCAAAUCAUGGUUCGAAAAUCAGAUCAGAUACUACAAUCAAUUAUAUGGAGGAGUUCAGAGAUUGAACCACUACAAACAUAUCAUUUAACGACAGUCACUUACGGCACCAAGGCCGCGCCAUAUUUAGCCAUGAGAACACUCAGGCAGUUAGCACAAGAUGACGGCGAUAUAUAUCCCUUAGCAGCAUCAGCAUUAGAACAAUCAUUUUAUAUGGACGAUUUAUUGGGCGGUGCAGACUCUCUUGAACAAACAAAAGAACUACAAAGACAGAUCAUAUCAAUACUGAGGGGCGCAGGCAUGAACAUUCGCAAGUGGUCCAGUAACGACGCAAGACUCGUAGAAGAUUUGUCGCCAGAAAUGCUCGACUCACCAUACGAAUUCAAAUGUAAAAAGAGUAGAAAAACACUUGGAUUACAGUGGAGUCCAUCAGGGUUGUCAUGGGAUACUCAGUUACCAUAUGAUAUCAUACAAGAUUGGAAUCAAUUAGAAAACGACUUUAAAACGAUAAAUAAAUUCACUAUUAAAAGGUAUCUGGGUCAAAAUAAUAACAAUAUACAAUUACACGGAUUUAGCGAUGCAUCAGAAAAAGCAUACGCUUGUGCUGUGUAUAUUGUCAGCACAGACUGUAAGGGCACGUUCACAUCAACGCUAGUAGCGGCAAAAACAAAAUUAUCACCACUGAACAAAAAAGUAUCAUUAUCGAGACUAGAAUUGUGUGGUACAGUUUUAUUAUCGCAACUUAUACAUAAAGUAGUCAAAUCAUUAACGUAUAAAAAUGUUCAAAUUUAUGCUUGGACUGACUCUAUGAUUGUUUUGGGUUGGCUACAGGGUGACAAAUCAAGAUGGAAGGAGUUUGUUGCAAAUAGAGUUCAGCAAGCUACUGAUAUUAUACCUCCAUCACAAUGGCAUCACGUUAAAACAGAUGAAAAUCCUGCGGAUUGUGCAACCAGGGGAAUGACAUCAUCUCAUCUGGAAAAUUGUCGUCUGUGGUGGGAAGGUCCAAGGUGGUUAUUAAGAUUUAACCCUAACAGUAUGGUAAAAGAAAAAUAUCAAUCACCAAAUAUUGAAAUAAAAAAGGCUUGUGUGAAUGUAGCCUUAUAUCAAAAUGAGCAAUCAUUUAUAAUGAAUUUAUUAAAUGAUUAUAGCUCUUUAACACAAAUUACUCGUAUAUUAGCAUGGGUAUUGCGUUUUACUGAGCGCGCGCGGUGUCAGCAGAAUACGACACGUGUAGACACAUUGUCUUUCGAAGAAAUGAAGCGGUCAAUGAAUUUAAUAAUUAAGUCAUAUCAAGCGUAUCAAUUUUUAGAAGAUAUUAGUAAUUUAAAUAAAAAGCAAUUAGUUUCAACUAAAAGUAGUUUAGGAAAUUUAAACCCCUUUAUGGAUACCGAUGGAAUUUUGAGAGUAGGAGGGAGACUGAAUAAUUCAAUACUCAGUUACACAGCAAAGCACCCAAUUAUUUUAGGUAGUAAUAGUCGUCUUACAGAGUUGAUUAUUCACCAAGCACACCUAGCAACUUUGCAUGGAGGUCCAAAACUUACCCUAUCAUAUAUCAGAAAUAAAUAUUGGAUUAUAUCAGGUAUACGAACAGUGAAGCGACAGCUGAGAAAAUGUGUUAAAUGCAGGCGCUAUAAUCAUCAUGAACAGAAUCAAAUUAUGGCAGACUUACCUCAGCCUAGAGUUACACCCUCUAGACCCUUUACACAUACAGGAGUAGAUUACACUGGAUUUGUAGAACUGAAGGUCAACAAGGGAAGGGGUAUAAGGACUAGUAAAGGUUAUAUAUCAGUUUUUGUCUGCCUUUCAACAAAGGCUAUACAUUUGGAGCUCGUAUCAGAUCUCAGUACACCAGCAUUUCUAGCAGCUUUUCGUCGGUUUUGCAGUAGACGUGGAACCCCACAGCAUAUGUAUAGUGACAAUGGGACCGACUUUGUAGGUGCCGACCGCUGUUUAAAAAGAGAAUAUAAGGAAAUCUUAUCUUAUAUCAAUCACGAAUUUAUCAAUAAAGUUACUGAAAUGGAAGUUCAGUGGCAUUUCAAUGCUCCAGCAUGGCCCAGUGCAGGGGGCCUAUGGGAAAGAGCAGUGGGUAGCCUGAAAUAUCACCUCAAACGUGUUAUAGGUGAACAGAAGCUGACCUAUGAAGAGUUCACCACUUUACUAUGUCAGAUCGAAGCAUGUUUGAACUCGAGGCCACUUUGCGUAUUAUCAGAAAAUGCAGAUGAUGAAUAUUUAACACCAGGUCACUUCCUGGUGGGAGGAGCAUUAUUAUCACGACCACAAUCGGAACCACAUAUUAUGCAGAGUACAACGCGAUGGCAGUUGGUACAGUCAAUGAAUAAACAUUUCUGGAAAAGAUGGUCCGAUGAAUAUCUACAGCAAUUACAAACAAGAUCUAAAUGGAGAGCAGUCAGCAGAAACCUUGCUAUCAAUGACGUUGUCCUAAUAAAAGAGGAAAGUUUACCUCCUGGAAGGUGGGCAUUAGGUCGCAUACAAGAGUUGCACCCUGGAAAAGACGGUCAUGUAAGGGUUGUAACUUUAAAAACACAUAGCAAUAUGGUGAAACGACCAAUUUCAAAAUUAGUACUUUUACCUGUAACCGAUGAACCUUCUUCAUUGAGCAAAAAUCAAGCAGAAAGGGAGAAUAUCACGAAAUCAAAAUGUACACGCAAGCAUAAAUCAUUUUUAACUUAUGUCUAUACAGCGCUCCUCAUGAUGUUCAUGUUGUUUACCCCAACAAUGCAACUUGAGGUCCAGCCGUACAAUAUCACUCAACUAAACAAUGAUCAAGGUCUAUAUUUUGAUAAAAUAUCAGAUCUCCAAAUAAUCAGAGAUGAAUGGAAUCUCGUCGUAUAUUAUAACAUGACACCAUAUUGGCAAGGCGUGUCUGAAAUAGAACAUUACCUGAAAUAUAUUAGAAACCUAAACAACGCAUCAACUACACAAUCGUAUAUACGUAAUAUUGCCCCUCAAUUAGAUCACGAACUAAAUGAAAUUCGCCAUUACAAUACAUUGCUUCAAAACUCUCCAAAUAGAGUCAAGAGAGGACUAAUAAAUGGAGUUGGAUAUGUUGCUAACAGCUUAUUUGGAGUACUGGACGAGCGAUUCGCUGAGCAAUACCACCAAGAUAUCAAAAAAAUAUCACAAAAUGAAGAGCAUCUCUUAAAAUUAUAUAAAAAUCAAACUUCAACCUUGGAGGCUGAAUACAAUAUAUUACGUCGAUGUACGGGCAACCGCACAUGCCUGCUUACGGUGCAAUACACAAUUGCCUACACAUGCAAUAUCACUUCCAUACAUUUCACCUCAUUAUAUUUAUUUUAG